AUGAUCGUCACAAACGCAGCCGGCGGUCUCAACCAGACUUACCGCGUGGGAGACAUCGUAUGCUUGAACGACCAUCUCAAUAUGGCUGGACUGGUGGGCAUCCAUCCUCUGCGUGGACCCAAUAUCGAGGAGUUUGGCACGCGGUUCCCACCUCUGUCAGAUGCGUACGACCUCGACUUGAGGGUGCGGACGCACAAGGCCUGGGCAAAACUUGGACUGGAUAAACAGGAGCGACGGCUACACGAGGGUGUGUACGCGUUUGUGGCAGGACCAACUUACGAAACUCGUGCAGAAUGCCGAAUGCUCAGCACGCUAGGAGCUGAUGUGGUGGGUAUGUCCACUGUACCGGAGAUCAUCGUCGCCAGACAUGCUGGAAUGCGUAUUCUUGCAUUCAGUCUAGUCACAAACGUGGCUGUGCUCGAGGCAGGUGCCCGUGGCAACGAUGCGGAGAUCCAGACCAUGAACAGGGCGCAACUGACUGAGCAUUUGAGCCAAGGUAAGGCAAACCACGAGGAGGUAUUGGAGGCCGGACGGGAGGCAGCCAAGGACAUGCAGGCCCUGGUCAAGCAGAUCUUGUCCGAUCUUCACGGCCAAUGA